AUGAGAGGGCUUAGCUUAGUUGUGACUGUACUACUACAGUUAACUUUAGUAUUUACCGCAGAGGUCAGUCAAGACACUGUCGAUUACGGUCUCAUUGAUUUUUCUAUUGGAGCCACCACAAUAGAUCCAAAUGUCUAUUGGUCUAUCAUCAACAAUCAGGUUACUGACUUGAAUGGUAACGUUCAGGUCGAUAAUGGCGGGGGAUUAUAUGUCACCAGUAUUUCUAACUUAAUUGGUUUAAAUGUUAAUUUAAAUGGUAACGUCCUUAAUAAUGGUACCAUUUCCUUCAACUCAGUAGGAUCAAUUCUUCCAAGUAAUUAUGUUGUAACCACGGGUAUCGCAGGAGCAUUGGGAACCUUUGUUAACAAUGGUGAAUUUGUCAUGGCUUCUAGUGGAGCUCUUGGUUAUGGUUAUAUGACAAUUAGUACAGGAACUUUAACUAAUAAAGGUUUGAUGAUUUUCUACGAUACUCAGAAUGUCGGUGGUCAAGUUGUUCUUGGAGGACCAAAUAUUGGUAGCGGUAUGACCAACAAUGGUCAAAUUUGUUUGUAUAAUGAACUUUAUCAACAACAAUCCGGUAUUGCGGGAACUGGUUGUAUCACCAUGCAAGCCAACUCCACUACAUAUCUUCAUGAUCCAUUAGCAUCUUUCUCUGGUCAAACCUUCUACUUAGCUGAUAGUGCUUCGAGUAUUAUUUCUUCGCCUACUGGUAAUAUCAUUUACAGUGGUAAUCCAGUAACUGUAGCUGGAUACGGUAAUGGGAAUAUGGUUGCAUUGGAUGUUACAUUGAAUCCACUUAAUCCAUAUUCAUACAGUACAAGUACAGGGAUUUUAACACUUAACAGUAUAACUUUAGGGCUGCAAGAAUUUGAUAUCGGUAAAGGCUAUAACAGUCAAGAUUUUGCUGUAACAACGGAUUGGGACGCUGUUUCUGAUUUAGCUAUUGCUCCGCUUAAUGCUGUCACAUAUACCGGACCUGUGCCGAACCCCACCAAACCUAGUAUCUGUGCCUUAUGUGAUAUUCUUCCCAGCAUACCUGGUAUCAAUGGUACCGAGUACACCACCAGUACAAUUGUAACCGAAAGUGGAACGGUUUGUACUGAUAUUGAAGAAAUCAUCGUCACCACCGAUACCAACGGAGAAUUUUAUAAUUCCACAAUCCUAUUAACUGCAGAAUGUUCAAUUCCACCAUAUACACUUUAUACCACCACAUUCACCACCACCGAAUCUGAUGGAUUUAUAGAAACAGAUUCCGGAAUA